AUGUUUGAAGAUAGAGUUUCACUUCUACGUUAUGCUUUGCAAAGGGCUUUUCAGGCAGCACCUAACCGGCUUAUGACUAACAAUGCCUACCUGGAUUUAUUCGGCGCCUCGCUUUUCUAUCUUUCUGCAGUUAUAUUUGGUCGAUUGGAUCCAGGAGAAAAACUCGUUAUAGGUUGUCGAAAAGCAACAAUUUCUGCUGAAACACAGAAAGGUGAAACAGAAGCUGUCAAUGGAUGCAAAGUCGGAUCGAUUGAAGCAACUAUUGAAAGAGACCGAGAAGUAUCUCCAGAAGUUUGGAUCAGCAGAGCCUUUGAAGCAGAUAAUGGUCUAAAUGAUAAUAGUGAAUUUACUAUUGAGAAUGAAGAUGAAACAGAUUAG